GUUUCUUAAAUAGCUGGAGUAAGGUGCUGGAGUUUGAAAAUGGUUGUAUGACGAGAUAUCAAAAAAACAACAUUUUUGACACACCAGUCCAGUCCAGUUCAGAUAUGAAGUGUCAACAGGAGUACAAAUCAAGACUGAAAACAAAAUUUCAAUCCUUUCACAAUGACUUUUCCAGCCAGACACAUCCCACAUUACUGAAUGACAUCUUCACAGAGCUUUACAUCACUGAGGGGGAAAGCGAAAAUGUCAACAAAGAGCAUGAGGUGAGACAGAUUGAGACUGCUUUGAGGAGGCAAACCACAGUUGACAUCCCAGUUAAAUGCAAUGACAUUUUUAAACGCUCACAUGAUAAAAACAAAACCAUCAAAUGUGUGCUGACAAAGGGAGUUGCUGGAAUUGGGAAAACAGCCUCAGUGCAGAAAUUCAUACUGGACUGGGCUGAGGGAAAAGCUAAUCAAGACAUUGAGUCUAUUUACCCUCUUCCAUUUCGAGAGCUGAACCUGAUGAAAGGGAAACAGUUUAGCUUGGUCGAACUUCUUCAGCACUUUAAAAUGGAAGCAGGCUUUGAAGAUGGCCAUCAAAACGUCCUCUUUAUUUUUGAUGGUCUAGAUGAAUGCCGCUUCCCUUUGAAUUUCCAGAAUAAUGAAAAACUGUGCAACCCAACCGUGCCAACCUCUGUUGACGUUCUGCUAACAAAUCUCAUCAAUAAGACCCUGCUUCCUGGUGCUCUCCUCUGGAUAACAUCUCGACCAGCAGCAGCCUAUCAGAUCCCUUCCGAAUAUAUUGACCUGGUGACUGAAGUUCGAGGGUUUAAUGACCCUCAGAAGGAGGAGUACCUCAACAAGAGAAUCAAUGAUAAACGCCUCUCUGGCCAAAUCAUCACACAUUUGAAGUCUUCAAGAAGUCUGUACAUAAUGUGCCACAUACCAGUUUUCUGUUGGCUGUCAGUUACCGUGCUAGAGAGAAUGUUCAAUGAAGCAGAGGAUGGAGAAAUCCCCAAGACGCUCACUCAAAUGUACACACACUUCCUUCUCAACCAAACUAGAGCUAAAGACAUGAGAUACUCUAAAGAUUAUAAGCCAGGUCCACUGGAUGAAGAUAUGAUUUUGAAGCUAGGUAAACUCGCCUUCCAACAGCUGGAAAAUGGCAAUCUGAUAUUCUACGAGGAAGAUCUGAUGGCUUGUGCCAUUGAUGUACAGGAAGCUGUAGUCUAUUCUGGAGUUUGCUCCCAAAUCUUUAGAGAGGAGUCUGCACUGACCCAGAAAAAAGUCUACUGCUUCGUCCAUUUAAGCAUUCAGGAGUUUUUGGCAGCCAUGUAUGUGUAUUUCAUGUUUAAGAUCAACCACUGCAACGUUCUUAAUCAGGAACAACAUGACGUAACAGACCUUAAUGAGACCACCUUGUUUGAAUUGCACAAGAGUGCCAUUGACAAGGCCCUACAGAGAGAGAAUGGACACCUGGACCUUUUCCUCCGUUUUCUUCUGGGUGUUUCGUUGGAGUCCAAUCAGAGCCUUCUGCAAGGCUUACUAUCUCAAGCUGGUAGCAGAGCCUCUCAGAGCAUAGAGGAAACAGUUGAAUAUAUCAAGAAGAUGAUCGAGGAGACCUCCUCAGCGGAAAAGUCCAUCAAUCUGUUCUACUGUCUAAAUGAACUGAAUGAACUCUCUUUGGUUAAAGAGGUCCAACGCUUCCUGAAUUCAGGGCAUUUUUGUAAACUCGCCCCUGCCCAGUGGUCUGCCCUAGUCUUUGUGUUAUUGACAUCAGAGGAGAAGCUGGAUGUGUUUGACCUAAAGAAGUUCAUCAGAUCAGAUGAAGGCCUUACCAGAUUGCUGCCUGUGGUGAAAGCUUCAGAAUCUGCUCUAUUGGAUAAUUGCGGACUCUCUAUGAGAUGCUGUAGAGCUCUUGCCUCCACUGUCAGCUCCAGCUCUUCAAAUGUACGAGUGCUAGAUCUGUGCAAUAACUCCAUUGGGGACAAAGGAGUGGAGCUUCUGUCAGCUGGAAUGAAAAACACUCAGUGUAAAUUAGAGGAACUGAGGCUCUCGUACUGCAGAAUCACAACGCAGGGCUGCUCUGUUCUGGAAUCGGGACUUCUUCCAAACCUUCCAAACCUUAGGGUAUUGGACCUGAGUGAAAACAGUUUGAGAGAAGCAGGAAUAAGUAUCUUGGCUAAUUACCUGAGAAAUCAGCACUGUAUGCUUGAAAAAUUGAGACUCAAGGACUGCAGAGUCACACCUGCAGGCAGCUUUGCAAUUGCAUCAGCUCUGCAGUCCAACCCAUCUCACUUGAGAGAGCUUGACCUGCACUGGAAUAACCCAGGAGAUAAUGGAGUGGAGAAGCUUUCGGCUAUUUUAGAGGAUCCACUCUCCAAGCUUGAAACCAUUUGGCUAAGUUAUGGUUUGCUCACUGAUAAAUCCUGUGAGGCUUUGGCUUCAGCCCUGAGGUCCAGCUUCUCUACUCUGAAAGCUCUAGACCUGAGCGGCAAUACAAUACAUGACAAAGGCAUAAAAAUGCUCUCAUAUGGGCUUGGAAGCCCACAUUGUAAACUAGCAAUUUUAAGGUUGGCAUUGUGUGAGAUCACAGAGGAAGGUGUGGCUGAUUUGGCAUUGGCUCUUGUUUCCAACCCUGAUCCACUGAGAGAACUGGACCUGAGACAGAACCACAUAAAAGACUCUGGUAUAACAAGACUCUCUGAAGUGUUGGAGAAUUCCAGCUGUAGGCUGGAGACACUACAUUUAGGGGAAAGUGGCAUCACAAAGGAUGGCUGUGCUGUCCUCGCAGCUGCUCUAAACUCAAACCCCUCUUAUCUGAGAGAGCUGGACCUGAGUAAUAAUGACCUCACAGACACAGGGGUGAUGCUCCUCUCUCCUGUGCUGAGGAACAACAGCAACAAGAUCAGGAAAUUGGAUUUGAGUCAGUGUGCCUUAACUAUGGACUGUUGUGAUUCACUGGCUUCAAUUCUUGAAGAAAAAUCCUCAAGUCUGAGAGAACUGGACCUGGGGGUAAACAAACUGCAAGAUCUGGGAGUGAAAAUCCUCUGUGCCGGAUUAGAAAAUCCACACUGUCAGUUGGAGACUUUGAGGCUGUCUAAUUGUGGUGUCACAGGGGAAGGUUGCACAAUUUUAGCCUCAGCACUUAUGUCUAAGCACUCACUUUUAAGAGAGAUGGACCUGAAUGAAAACAAUCUGACAGACUCAGCUGUGAGACCCCUAUCUGUCCUACUUGACAAUCCAGACUGUAAACUAGAGAAAAUGAACUUGUAUUGAAUAACAGAUCUGUGGAUACCACGGCACAAAAUUCAGAUUGCUUGACAUACUCAACCACUCAUCAAUGGUGGCUUGUGACUUCAGAGACUGCUUAUUCUUGUUGGUCAAUUAUAUGACAUAUUUGGAUUUAUGAUUUUUUAAAACCACUGUUAUUUGAUGUUAUCAUUUUUGGUAAUGAUGUAUUCUUGUAUUUAUUAUGUACCUAUAUUCUAGCAUAUAUGUUCUUAUAUUUAUGAUAUACUUAUAUUCUAGCAUUACAUAUCCAUGGUAAUAUAAUUUCAUGCUCUCAAUUAGAUAGAUAACCACUUCAGUGGUUAAAUCCAUAUCUUCCGAAGCGCUAUGAUAGGUGUGGGUGAGAAACAGAUCAGUAUUUAAGUAAUUUGUUUACUAAAAGUCUUCACCUUUUACCAGCCCCAACCACUAUGUAGCUGAAUGUGAAAGUCACUUCCACGCCAGAAUUUGGAAGUGAAAGAUUUACAGAAAAAAGGACUUAAAUCUUCAUCUGUUUCUCACCCACACCUAUCAUAUUUCUUCUGAAGAUAUGGAUUUAACCACUGGAGUCUUAUGGAUUACUUUUAUGCUGCCUUUAUGUCCUUUUUGACCCAUCAAUAUUCAUCAAAAAUCUUCAUUUGUGUUCUGCUGAAGACAAAAUCAUACACAUUUGGGAUGGUAUGAUGGUGAGUGAAUGAUUUUUAUUUUUGGGUGAACUAACCCUUUAAUAUUAGUUCAUGCAAUAUGAACUAGCAUGAAUAAACAGUUAAUUUUAGUAUUUUGCUAAAUUAACAUUAACCAAUGCUGUGAAAAAUAAUUGUUGCUACAAAAUACUUCAUGCAAUAACUAAUGUUAAUUAAUUUAACCUGAUCAUAAAGCGUUAACCAUUAAAUUGACAUUCAUUUUAUAAUGUAUGUUUAAUAAAUUCUUAAUACUUUAAAAUCUAGAGUUGCAUGCUGUUUCCAUAUCUGCCAUUUAAUUAAAAAAUAAAAAUAAAAAUAAAAAAUUGUCUUUUUUUUUUCUUCAAACUUUUAUCCUGUUAAGUCUCUUAAGUUGAAUAAUGUUCACAUGUAGCAAUAAACCUUAUAUUAUGGAAAAAAAUAAUGAUUGUAUAUUGAUUUAUUAUAAAUAGUUAUUUGGUAUGGGCAUCACAUUAUAUAAUAAUCAUAAUUAUAUCAUAAUGGUCA